AUGGCGCGAAUAUUGAGCUGUGAAAUUCUUUUGUUAAUAGCAAUCAGCCAUAUGAACAAUUUUAGGGUGUUAGCGAGAACCAUGUCAACAAUUGCGAAGAGUUUUGAGUCCCACAUGGUGGUGCCUGAUGUCGUGUCCAAAGCCCCUGAAGCGAUAGUGUCCGUGAAGUACCCAAGCGGUGUGGAAGUGGACGAAGGCAACGUGUUGACUCCCACCCUGGUGAAGGACAUUCCCACGGUCUCAUGGGAGGCUUCAUCUGACCAGUUCUACACACUCGCCAUGACCGACCCCGAUGCGCCUUCCCGCCAAGACCCCAAAUUCCGUGAAUGGCACCACUGGCUUGUAGGCAACGUUCCCGGUAACAACGUAGCUGCCGGCGAGACCCUGUCGCAAUACGUCGGCUCCGGGCCCCCAAAAGGCACAGGCCUCCACAGAUACGUCUUCCUCGUGUACAAACAGCCUGGCAAACUGGAAUUCGACGAGCCUAGGCUUACUAACAAAUCCGGCGACAACCGUGGAAAGUUCUCGAUCGCCAACUUCGCCAAGAAGUACAACUUGGGAGAUCCCAUCGCGGGCAACUUGUACCAAGCUGAGUACGACGAUUACGUGCCGAUUUUGUACGAACAACUCGGCGCCUAA